CCCCCCAAAACCAGCCAGACAGGCACAGGCGGACGUAUACUCUUCAGCUGUUGUCUCAGGAAUAUAAUGUUUUUAUCAACGAAGCCGACACUUUACGUACUGUGGAUUUAACUUUACACCUACAAGUAUUACAACUUUGGAGAGAUUGUUCCAAGUGUCUCCCUGGAGGUGCCAAACGAAGCCGCUAUGUCAGUAACUGUUCAUGAGAAUCGAAAGUCCCGCACUAGUACGGGCUCCAUGAACAUCUCACUGUUCCACAAGCCUUCACAUCCCGACAGUGUCCUGACCCAUCUGAACACAUUGAGGAAACAGUGCAUGUUCACAGACGUCACUCUGUGGGCCGGGGAUCGCUCUUUUCAAUGCCACAGGGCUGUCUUGGCAGCAUGCAGUCGUUAUUUUGAGGCCAUGUUCAGCGGAGGGCUACGAGAAAGUCUGGACAGCGACGUCAAUUUCAGAGACAGUAUACACCCUGAGGUCUUGGAGCUUCUGCUCGACUUUGCUUAUUCUUCUCGAAUCAUCAUAAACGAGGAGAAUGCUGAGUCAUUGUUAGAGGCGGGGGACAUGUUGCAGUUUCACGACAUUCGGGAUGCAGCAGCAGAGUUUUUAGAAAAAAACCUGCACUCCUCCAACUGCCUGGGGAUGAUGCUGUUAUCGGACGCUCAUCAGUGUAAAAGACUGUAUGAGCUGUCAUGGAGGAUGUGUCUAUUACACUACGAGACGGUAAGAGAAUCAGAGGAUUUCUAUAGUCUUUCUAAAGAUAAGCUGCUGGAGCUGAUUCUUAGCGAUGAGCUGGAAAUAGAAGAUGAACAGAUUGUGUUUAACUCAGUGAUGCGGUGGGUUCGAUACGACUUGGAGGGUCGGCGUCACCAUUUACCAGAGCUGCUGAGGGGCAUCAGGUUGGCUCUACUGCCAUCUGAGUGUCUGUUGGAGGCCGUAGCUUGUGAAGAGCUGGUUAUGGCUGACAAGAGGAGCAGGUCAAUAGUAGAGGAGGCAAUGCAGUGUAAGAAGAAAAUUCUUCAGAAUGACGGAGUAGUGACCAGUCCGUGUGCUCGACCACGCAAGGCAGGACACACACUGCUUAUACUAGGAGGCCAGACCUUCAUGUGUGACAAGAUAUACCAGGUUGACCAUAAAGCAAAGGAGAUCAUUCCUAAGGCAGACCUCCCCAGCCCCAGGAAAGAGUUCAGUGCCUGUGCCAUCGGCUGUAAGGUUUACGUCACAGGAGGAAGAGGAUCAGAGAACGGAGUCUCUAAAGACGUCUGGAUCUAUGACACUGUCCAUGAAGAGUGGACAAAAGGAGCACCUAUGCUAAUAGCCAGGUUCGGCCAUGGUUCAGCUGAGUUGGAGAACAGUCUCUACGUUGUUGGAGGUCAUACAGCCAUAGCAGGAGUUUUUCCUGCUUCUCCAUCCGUCUCCCUAAAACAGGUCGAGCGGUAUGACCCUCUCAGUAAUAAAUGGACUAUGAUGGCUCCUCUACGAGAUGGAGUCAGUAAUGCAGCCGUGGUCAGUGCCAAACUCAAACUCUUUGUAUUUGGAGGGAGCACCAUACAUAGAGACAAGGCCUCCAAGGUCCAAUGCUACGAUCCUGUGGGUAACCGCUGGAAUAUUGCAGCUGAAUGCCCCCAGCCUUGGCGCUAUACAGCAGCUGCCGUCUUAGGGAGCCAGAUCUUCAUCAUGGGCGGUGACACUGAAUUCACUGCCGCCUCAGCGUAUCGCUUUGACUGUGAAACCAAUCAGUGGACUCGAGUGGGCGACAUGACGUCCAAACGGAUGAGCUGUCACGCCGUGGCCUCAGGAAAUAAGCUGUACGUGGUUGGAGGUUAUUUCGGGACCCAGCGGUGUAAAACAUUGGACUGUUACGACCCCACGUCAGAUAGUUGGAACUCCAUCACAACUGUGCCUUAUUCACUGAUCCCCACCGCCUUUGUCAGUACAUGGAAACACCUACCUGCCUAACUGGGAGACAAGAGGAGCCAAUACUUCCAGGUGUUGAUGUCCACUGAGAAAAGGACACAGACUGGAGGAGAAUCUCUGAGACUCCACCCUGCAGUGAGCAGCUGGCUGAGGCUGGAGCUGGGCACAGGACCAAUCUUCAAAAAAACAAAAAAACAAGUUGCACCUCACAGACGUCAAAUCAGUCCUCAAGCCAACAGCACAGCACCCACGUCUUAACACACAAAGAGAGAAUCACUCUCCAUAUGAUGCUUCCUCAAUAAUGUGAUACUCCUCAGACAGAUACUUGAUGGAAAUGACUGACGGGGAAUGCUUCCGUUGACAGAUGGAGCGCUCACACAAACCUACGAGUGAUUUUUUUUCUUUUUCUUUUUUGGUUGUGUGAGUGUUUUGUCUCAGGUCUUGUUUGUUUAAUGUUUUAUUGGUCAUGAGAUUCACUACUAAACCAUUCCAGUGUAUAGAUAUAAACUCCAACUGAUUACAACCUAUACAUACUUUAGUUAAGUAUAAGUACCACAUCUUCACCAGUAUAGUGUUAACGAAGGGACUGGCUUUGAGAGGGUUUUCAGGAGAGAAUUUAAACUGCCAUGUCUUUAUCUUCUACAUAAAGUCUGGCUCAUUUUCUAUGGGUUUACAUAGAAACAAGUGAGUGUCUGGCUUAUCAGCAUUUGAUUAGACACAUUUUCUCACAUGUAAAUUAAUUCCCCUUAGUGGAGGAAGGCUGAAUUUCUUUUUUAUUUCACCUUUAUUUUACCAGGAAGGAGAGACGUGGCCAAGAUAACAGCCAUACAAACAUUACAACAUAUUGAAAAUACAACAUACACUACAUAAUGUACAAUAACUCUAAUUAGAAUAGAAAGUUACUGGUGACAAACACCAGGUAGUUAACUUAAAAAUUGAAAUUAUAUAAGGAGCCUCAAGAAAUGUUCAGGAAAAAUACCAAUUUCACACAUCAACAGCUGCAUACAGAGCCAAACAUGAGUACAAAUGUGUAUUCAUUAUUUUUAAAACCAACAAGUGAUCGAUUACUAAAUACUCCUAGGGCGCUUUUACAACCUGUCCAUUUGGUUAGUCUGAAUCAGAGUGAAAUUGAUACUUUUGGUUUGUUUGGAAUUUAGUCCGGUUUGCUUUCACAGUGCAGAAAUGUAAUGAACUAAAAAAAAUGAUUUGUAGAGGGGCGUGUAUGAAGGCAGAAGGCUGGAAAAAUACUUAUUUCUUACUGGUUGGAAAGUGGUCUUGAACCGGUUGUUUUGGUCCUCACCGGAGUACAAUUGGAACUUCAUAAGUAACUAAACAAACUGUAACAAGGAUUUAACCGCACCAGUUAGCAGAGUUGUGAAUCAGCAGAGGCCCCACGAUACGAUUUUAUCCUGAUACUUGAGUCACAAAAUUAUAUUAUUGGGAUGUUAAGCAUUUUGCGAUAUGGUGAGUAUUGCGUUACAACAUAUUGCUAUUUGUUUAACUGAAUUUUGUGUCCACAAAAUUAAAUUCAAUCAAGAAUUGUUUUGUCAAAUAAGAAAAAAUUCUCAGUCUAUUCAUCUCACUUCAGUCUUUUUAUUUCUCCACGUGGCCCUCCGGAAAAAAAACGAAACGGUGAAAAUACUGACGGCCGUCGGAACACUAAAUAUUGAUACUUGGCGGCCAUGAAUCGAUAUAAUAUUGCCACAUAAAAUGUUGGGAUACUGUGCUAUAAUGAUUUUUGCCCCCAACCCCUACCAGUUAGAUUGAAACAGACUUAACUUUGGAUUGUGAAAGCAGCGUUAGUCUGUCACUUACUGCUGAUGUGAGUCAAACCAGUUCUUAAACUGGUCAAUGCUUUGUUGUUCAGAGUGAUUUGACAGAACAUCAUGCUUGUAUUAAAUGCUCAGUACAGGUAAUUCUAUAUGGCAGACUAUAUAGUGUGACAUAAAUGUGGCCGUUCUCACUAAACCUUCAAACACGUGAUAUAGCAGUAUACAAGUGAUGUUAACUAGACUGUUGAAACGUUUUAGAAAAAUACAAAAAAAGUAGUCUUCAAUAUUGCUGAAAUUCAUGAAUGAGAAGUUAAAGGAUGCAGUAAUAGAAGACCUCUGGUCACAUUAAAACUACAGGAGGUGAGAUUGAGGAAUGAAUGUUUUUUACCAUAGGAUGACACUAGUUUGCUGUAGCAUGAUGAGUUGGAUCUUAUGACCCGUGGUAACAGUGUAGGUGUUUUUUCAGUCAGCUGAAGUGCCAAUACAACAAAUUGUUUGAUGGUGUUUGUGAUGAGUUCUUGGUGAAGAUAUUUGUACUUAAAACCAUGGUGUCAUCAUAGUCUUUUAACUUUAUCUUGUCCUUUUGGCUGCAUCCAAUAUAGGGACAAAUAUCUCUAAGUAUCUUAUGAGGAGACACUAACAGAUUUCUGCUGGUGGAGCCUGAAGUGUGCUCCAAAACCUUUGAAAUUACACAAGUUUUACUUUUUUUGCCUUUCUUGAGUGCCAGAAACACUUUUACUGAGCUUUUCCAGUCAUUUUUGAUAAAUGCUUUAACGUCCAAAAAUAACAAAAAGGCACAGGGCACACAUUUGGGAGCAUGAUAUGUAAUUAAAAUGCACAUUUUACAUCUCAAGUUGUAUUCUUUGUAUUUCCAGUCACACGUUUUAGUGUUGAAAUGAAAGUAACGGUAAUAAUAGCAGCAGAGUUGUGGAACUGGGCUGUUGGUGUCACAUGGAGAUCAUCUUUGAUUUCAGACAUGGUGCCAUUUGUGUUUUUUUUUUUAUAAAUAUAGGAAAAAUAUGAGAAGCACAGAACGGCCUCGUGUACAGUGUGUCCUGCAGAAACCAGCACUGCCAAAGAGUUUGAAGCAGAAGCUGAACCCUGAACUGAAUUAUGUUUUUUUCCCUGACACCUAUGCACUUUUGAUAUUUAUCAAUGCAUUAUUAGCAGGUGUAAAAUAGUUUCUACUUGCUGGAGAUAACACCAGCUGUCACUAUAUAAAAAAAAAAGGGCACAAAAUGGAUGGACAGAAUUUCUGCAGGACACAGAUGCAUUAUGACUGAUGUGUAUUUGCUGGUGUUGUAAGUAAUUUGUAUUUGUCCAGCUGUUAAAAGAGCCGCUGUGAUGAGACUAAAGACUGGUGGUGUUGUAAUUUCUGACUUUAAAGGUGCAAUGUGUAAUACCUGGCCACAUGCACCAAAAAAAAACAGAGGACAGCGUUUCAAUUUAUUUUCUUCCUAAAUGCAGCGAUCACACGAUGAACUCAUAUGUGCUGUCACUAGUAGAGAGCUAGGGAGAGAUGGCAGGUCAACAGUAGAUGUCACAUAGAAGUUGUGUCAUGAAGGGACAACAAAGCUUCAUUGUCCCUUCACUAGUGGUGUACACUAUCUGAAGGUUGGGUUCCCUGAAGAUUACUUUGAGAUCCAGCUCAGCACUGUGUGUCAAGUUGUUUUAGUCAUGAAUUAGUCAAAAACUAAAGUGAUUAAAGUGUAUGAGAGCUUAGAACAUUAUGAUAUGAGUACAUGAAGUCCAUUCUCAUGCUCAAUUAUGUUCUUAUUAAGUAUUUUUGGGGUUUCUACCGAGUGAAGGGACAAUGAAGCUUCGUGAACCAUUUGCUUUAUUUACGGAGCCCACUAGAUGGCGCUCUUUGUUCAACAAAGAGGUGAAAAACACAACACAACACUUAAUUACCAUUACUUAAGCCAUCUAGUGGGGUAAAAAAAAAUACAACAAAUGGUUCAAGAAGCUUCAUUGUCCCUUCACUAUUGCUACCAUUUGUUACACAUAUUUGCUAAAUGAUCCCUUUUCUUCUACAUGAGAUUUGAUUACAAAAAUAGUAAAACCAUGGGACAAAAAUCCAUGCUGUGAUUUGGUAUGGGGCCUAACAUAAUCACAUUUUAAAAAUUUUGUUCAUUAAAUCCACAACAUUCAUACCAAAUGUAUGAAAUCUGAAUCCACGUGAUUGUAUAAUGGACAUUACUACAUGGACUCGAGAACACUUCGUUGUCAGCAAACACAGUUCGUCCCUGCAUAGACUUGACCCUGCAAGGAGAAAGACAGACAUCAACGACAACCAGAAACGCUGCCAACUUCUCUGGGCAAGUGGUCUGAUGAGUCCACAUUUACUUUGUAGAAAGUGUGAGUUUAAUAGUGAGUUUUUGUAAAUCCUGGACAUCCUGUCCUCCGGGCGGAAGAGGAGAAGGACCACUCAGGUUGUUACCAGCACAAAGUUCAUACAGGUUUUGGAUCAACAUAUGCUGCCAUCCAGACAAUGCCAUAUUCUGCACGUGCAACAGCAUGGCUUUGAAGGAAAAGAGUGCAGGUACUAGACUGGCCUGCCUGCAGAUCACACCUGUCUCCCCUGAAAAAGGUGGCGCAAGCACAAAAUACGGCAACAGAGACCCUGGACUAUUGAGACGCUGAAGGUCCAAGAAUGGUAAAGAAUUUCACUUUGAAAAGUCAAAAACUUUGAGUAUUGGUCAAAGAAAAGCUGAUGUAACAGUGGUAAACACGUCCCUGUCCCAACGUUUUUUGGAAAGUGUUUCAGGCAAAUUCAGAAUGAUGAUGUAUAUUUACAAUAAAGUAUCAGUUUGAACAUUAAAAAA